UCGUAAUCGCGGACUCAGCGGUGGGAAAGAUGAAAAUGAAAAUGAUCCGGAUGUGAACGUCUGACUCCUGAGGACCGCCCGCUUCCGCAAACGCGAUCCGCCUAUUUUUCAAAACCUGUCAAGUUCGGUCUCUUGAGACACUGUGCGUUAGACGAGAGAAUUCGUCGUCUUCAAGUGUUUCUGCAGAUCUGUGCUACGAAUUUGUGUUUCUGUGGCAGUGACAUAACCUCUUCUCUAGCACCUGCUUGCAAAUUUUUUACUGGAUUGAAGAAGGCUUGGAAUUCAUCAGACCACAACAAUGGAACUUUUGGAUCUAAACUGGGAGGAUGUUCUUCACCGUCAUGUUUUGUCGCAUCUAUCUAUGGCUGACUUGUUCCAUCUAAGAGCUGUCUCAACAGGUUGUCGAGCACUUGUGCACUCAUAUUUCUCUAACCUAUUGGAAUUAAAUGUUAGCUCGCAUUGCGAUCAGCUCACGCAAGAUGCAUUUAAGGUCAUAGCAACGAACACAAGUAGUCUCCAAACUUUUGUGGGAGACAACUGCGGUUUCUUAGAGGAUAAUUUGUUAAAAGUCCUUUUCAUGAAUAAUCCAAAACUGAAAGUUGUGCAUUUGCAAUCCUGCAAACAUUUGACACCAGCAAGUCUUCAACCACUAAUACUCAACUGCAAGGGAUUAAAAGUUCUUAACCUUAGAGGAUGUCCAUGGCUCACUGCUGGCUGUCUUCAAACAUUUGCUCUCCAUCAGUCAAACUUGGAAGAAGUUCACUUUGAAUCCUGCUUAUCUCUGAAUGAUGCAUGCCUUGAACACUUCUUUUCCAGUUUUUCAAAAAUGCAGUUGGUUCAGUUUGCCCAUCUGCACUCUGUAACAGAUAGAACACUUUUUGCAUUGGCUAAAUACUGCAAGAACCUAAAAAAUCUGGAUAUAUCCAACUGUAGCCAAAUCACUGAUCAAGGAUUAACGGCUCUGGCAAAAUGCCCUAAUCUCCAGUACCUGAGAAUAUCAUACUGCGCUGGAGUUCGCUCUGGCACAACUACAGAGCUUUCAACUCGAUUCGACCGUGUACAAAUUGAAGAUAAACGACCACCCCCUCCGCCAGGUUGGUGUAUUAAAUGGAUGCCACGCAAUCCAGGCUGGAUAUUUCAUCGAAAACAAAUGGUUCAAGCAUAGCGGUUUCUCUUACUUGUUUUCAUUUACCAAUUUUAUCAUAUCCCUUUCUCAUUUAAAUAAUUCAUUACAUGCAUGUAACUCUCCUCUGAUGUUUACCUUAUAAUUUUUUUUAAACUACAGCAGCUUCUGCUUGCUACUUAUGAUAUUUUGCUUCAAUUUGAUAGAAAAUUGCCAUCAUGAAUGAUAUGAGGAGUGUAACGCUGAGUUCUGAAAAAAUUGUGAUUCUUGUUACUCUAUGUGUACGUAUGUUUGAUUACUUUGCUUAGCAAAGAAUUUGUUGUACUUUUUGUGUCAGUGUAAUAGCUUAAAUUGAAGAUCAAACCUAUUAAGUUUGUUUUCUUUGUUUUACUGAUGAUUGUUUUUAUCUUAAAUUCUGUGAUCUAAGUUGCCAUUUUAAUUAACAAUUCUAUUUUUACUGUUUGUGACGUGCCUGAUAUCAAACAGGGUAGUUAUACGUAAUGCAUUCUUUUCAUCAUGCAAUUUCAAGGCUGAGUUGUUUAGCAUCAUUAGAGCAUUCCUGCUGGUCCAAACCAGUAACUUGCAUUUGUCAUACACUUACAGGGUUUAUUAUGUUGAUUGACUUUGUUAGUGUAUCUUUUUGACUAUAGCCUGCUAUAGCUGUGCCUAAUAUUCUAGUACUGAAAUUGCAUGAUGGAUAACUCUUUUCAAUGAGAAAUAUUUUAUAUUCUUUUAAAAAAUAUGCAUUUACUUCAUUUUGUUUUGGUUCUAUCUGUGGACUAUCUCAAUGAGGACUAAUAUCAACCAAGAACUGAUCAAAUUACAUUGUACUUAUUUUGUUCUUUUGAAUGUAGGUUUAAAUAUUAGGUUUUAAAUUCUGUCAGUAUUUUUGCAACAGAGUCUUUUUUGCUUUCCUGUCGUUGUUACUGUAUUGGAGUAGUAUUUCUUUACUACAAGGUAGUAUCUUGUUUGUUGUUUUUUUCUUUGUUCUAUUUUCAAGUACAAAUCAACAUUCCUAUAUGCCAAGAAAUUUGGAGUAUGGCCAUAUACAGUUCAGUGUUAUCUCCGAACUAUAUUUAUAAUCACAUAUCACAUGCAAAUAGUUUUUGUGCAAAUAAUAAGAAAACCCCCAAACUUUUAAGAGGGGCUGAAGCCAGUUUAUGGCCCCCACAACUUCAAUGUUCUUUGUAUUUUGAGCUUAAAUGUUUUCAUCAAAACACAAUUAUUGGUAGGGACCAAGACCAACAAUUUUUUUAUUGUUGUUUUUUUACUGAGUGAAUUUAUCUUGUGUGCAAGUAGUUUGUGAGGUUUUUAAGCUAAAUAUUUACUGUGAAGUCUGUUGUAUUUAAUUGUGUUUUGAACAAAUGUGUGUCCCUGAAUUACAUUGUGUGUUGUAGAAGCCAUGUAACAUUUAAAGACUGUACAUUUUUUCAACUGACGAAAACUAGGUUGAAUAAGAAGUGGGUACUGGAUUAGAUUUACAGAGAUAGGUCCCUCUCAGGUUGCUGUGUUUGCUUCAUAUAUUUAGCAUCUGUUGCGGUGUUUGAUGGCACUUGAUGUUAUCAUUUGAUAUUUGUUGUUUUAAGUGUAGCUUCGUAAGAGUCUGGUUUGACUGUAAACAUAAACUGUCGCUGAAUGAAUCUAAAAAAUAAAAUAUUGUUGAACUAGCA